AUGGCGGCCCUGCCAACGCGAGCUCCAACCGCCAUUGAUUCCAUUGAUUCGACUGCAAGUCAUUCGUGCCACUUGAAACAACCCCGUUUCUGUGGUCAUGUCAUUGUUGGUUUGACCACAGCGGUAACCGCUGCGAUGCAGAUGAGCCGCCAUAGCAUAGCAAGGUCUGCUCAGCGACGCUCAAUCACUGCUCGCACUCGCCGUCGCUCAAAAAAAACCAAGGGACGAAAUGACAAGAGCACCAUCUGCAAGGUGACAGAGCCGUCUCCAGCUAUCGACGCUAGUCCAGGUAAUUCGUGCCCACGAAAAAUACUUGAAACUGUGGCUGUAAUGGAAUCUCCAUUGGAGUGCCUGGAUGCUUUUCGAACUUGCCUCAGCCAGAUGAGUGUGAAGAAGUGCCUGGACCUGGAGCAGCCAGAAAAUCCCAUCUUGCGGUUGGCGCUUCUUGAACAGAUGGGCAUCAAGGGUGGCUACAAGGCCUGGCUAUCUCUGCCCAAACGACAUGGUGUUCUCAAGACCUUGGGCGAGGCUGCAGAGGCCUCACUGUUGCCGAACGAGGACAUCACUGCAAUGGGCAUCAGUGUCCUGGGCAUUCUGGGCCAGGAACGAAUUGAAAUGCAGCACAGUGGUGCAGAGCUGUCUGCGAAUCAAGUCUUCGCUUUGUAUCGCUACUUCGCCGAGGUGCUGCCAACUUCGUUCCUUCAUUUGGUGCUGGAUCAGCUGAAUCACCCGAGUCUCGAUCCCCUCCAAGUCCAAGAGGACGACAUUCUUUCUAUCGCGCUUGCUGCAGAAGCUCAAGGUUUGGCAGAUAACGAAAGACUUGCUCGACUUGCUCAGCUCUUGAUGAAGCGUUGGUCGAAGUUGAGCAAAAGCAGCAAGAGGGGCUUGUUGGAGUCCAUGCUGUUGCUUCCGCAGCUGCUACAACUGGCACCAGGUCUGGAAGAAGCUUUGCUGGAACAGUGCCAAUGCAACCAGUCCCUGCGGGCACUGCCAUUCCGCUGCUUCACCUGGUUGCUGGACAGUUGGGGCACCCAGCCGGGAUCGCGGCUCUUUCCGGUGCUGUUGCGCCCGGCAUUGGAGUGGCAUCUCACCGAUCUGGACGUGCGGAGGCUGGUGAUUGUCUCGAAGAUGUUUGAUGCCUUUGUCCCUGAAGCAGCUGCAGAGGUGGUGCUCUUGUGGCACAGCUGGGCCGAAAAUCUGUCGGCUGAAUCCCAGGUGAAGAGUUGGCGCUGGAGCAUCUUCCAGGAAGCUCUGCGAGAAGUCUCUGGCUCACGGCAUUUGACGAGACAGACGGGAACCUCCUUGGGCGAUAUGAUCAUAGAAGGUGUGCUGUUGGUGGAGUUGCUGCGUCAUGCGAAGUCGCUGCCGCUGGAUUUGCUGCUGGAACUGCUUCGGCGGAUGCCAGCGGCACGUGAACAGCUUGCAGCAGAUUUGCCUGGCAUGGUAUGGCACUUUCUGGAUGGGCAUGGCGGCGGCCUGUCGCUGCUGGCUGCGAUGAAAAUUGCACAGGGAGAGGCCUUCAUCAAAUGUGAGCCCAACUCGGAACUGUGGAAUGCUCUUGUGAAGCACAUAGUACUUCAGCUGAAUGGGCAUUCAACCUUCAAAUUCUUUUGUCGCUGCCGUCCUGCUCCUUUGCUGCGUGAAGCAGUGCAAAAGAAGUUGAAGGGCUGGCAGGCUUUGGAAUUGAAGGUCAUGCUCUCCUAA